AUGGCAUUCCAGCCUACACCGGCAGAUAUAUCUGUCGUCAUAACAGCGGCAUCAACAGCCCGAGGCACCGACACAGAACCAAGAUUCCUCAACGAGCGCCGCGUAACCCCAACAUGGACCCUAACCCAGCUAAAAAGCAAGCUGGAAACCAUGACUGGCGUCCCACCCAGCUCCCAAACCCUCCGCCUCAAGAGCCCCGGCCACCCAGCCCAAUGGAUGGAAGGCGAGGACCGACUCCUCAACUCGUGGGCUCUAAUGAAAGGCUGUGAAAUCGAGGUCCACGACUCCCGCCCUCAAUCCAUGCGCCCAAAUUACACGGACCUAUCCUCCAACCAAAAGCUCGGCCGUUUCGAUCCAACCGCCCUCUCGCCUGAAGAGUCUCUGCGCAACCAGGUCGAGAAGGAUCGGAGUGAGAUUUCGACUAAAGGCAUCGCCGUUUCCGCACGCGCUAUUAUCCUGCCCUCCUCGCCGCCGCAUAUUCGGCGGGGAACGGUUCGGUUUGUCGGGCCUGUGCCGGGCAUUCCUGUUACUGGUGCGGGACGGGAGAUGGAGCGGGAGGGCGAGAUUCCUGCAGAGUUACAGCCUAUCUGGGUUGGUAUUGAGUUGGACGAGCCGACGGGGAAGAAUGAUGGGAGUGUUGGGGGAAAGCGGUACUUUGAGUGUCUAGAGAAGAGGGGUGCUUUUGUUAAGCCUGAUAAGGUGCAGAUUGGGGAUUUUCCUCCUUUGGAUUUGGAUGAUGAGCUUGAUGAUUUGAUGGAGGAGAUCUAG